AUGCCUGUGAACUCCUACCUGACACAAAGGCCCAUGCCUGUGAACUCCUACCUGACACAAAGGCCCAUGCCUGUGAACUCCUACCUGACACAAAGAUCCAUGCCCGUGAACUCCUACCUGACACAGAGACCUGACACAAAGACCCAUGCCUGUGAACUCACACCUGACACAGAGACCCAUGCCUGUGAACUCACACCUGACAUAGAGGCCCAUCCCUGUGAAAUCUUACCUGACACAGAGGCCCAUCCCUGUGAACUCCUGCCUGACACAGAGACCCAUCCCUGUGAACUCCCACCUGACACAGAACCUUUGCAGCAGCCCCCCUGGUGCUCUCCCCUGCAGAUGCCUCCAGCCCUUCAUUAUCUCUCAGAGGAGCAACCUUCCUUUUCAAGCUUCAUUGUCCUUAGGCCCUGGGGCAUCCGGUACCAGGAGAGGAGUCUGCUCUUCUCAGACAGAAGCCUACAACCUGAGAUGCACAGAGCCCCUGCCAGUGCAGAUCUGCAGCGAGCCUGGGAGAAGGCAUACCAGGACCACAGGCACAAGGUGCAGAAUGCCCAGCCACUGGUGGACACCCAUGCACCACCAACUUUCAGCCAUCUGCACCUGAAGCUCAAGAGGCUGAAGCUGGAGGAGGAACGGCUGUCUGUCAUCGACAGGGACAAUCGCCUGCUUCUGCAGAAGGUGGCCUCUGCUAUGCGGAACAAGAGACAAACUGAUGGCAGAAUCAACUCCAGAAAUCAGAGGGAAUGAAACUCAAGCUCAGCAAGAGCACAUCCAAGACUGGGUGCUAAGUGAAGUGGGAG